UGUUGCUGGUUAAUCUAGCCCAAAGGCUGAGGAGGAGGAUCAGUGAGGAAGAAGGAGCGCAGUUGCUGAAAUACUUUUUUGUCUUGUUUUUGUUCACUGUCCUAACGAUAUGGAGUCAGCCAUUCAGACAGUGGUGACUACAUUUCUCGGUUCCGCCAGAGGGAAGGAGAACUUAGAUGGGAAAGCCUUCCAGAAACUGGUGAAGAAACAGCUCAGCGGCAUCAUGGAGGACACAAACAGCUCCUCCGCCGUUAAGGAGAUGCAGCGGGGACUGGAUGAGAACAGCGAUGGAAAGGUCAGCUUCCAGGAAUACCUCACUCUGAUUGGCUAUGUGGCCAACUCCCUCAGUCAGAGCAGGACUGAUUCCAAUGCUGCAGCAUCAUAGAUGCUUCUUGCAACAUGGAACCUGUGAAGUUUGGUGAAUCAGCAAAUUAACAGCCUUUUUUUUUCUCGUGCUUUUAAAAGUAUCUUUUCUCAUUUCCAAAUGUUCCAGACAUCAUGUAAACAUUUUCAUCAUCAGAACAGUCCAUAAUCAUUUUAAUUUAGUUUCUCCACCUGUUUUAUAAUGCUCUGAACAAUCAUCUUAAUGUCUGCCCAGAUCAACCUUUUAUUCGAUCGCACCGUGUUGAUCUCCACUAGCUGUCAAGGACACACUGAAGGACUCUGAGCUGGAUGUGUCUGUUUUUAUACUGAUCAUGCAAAGGAUACUUACUAUAUUUUCAAAAAUAAUAAAAGCUUUAUAUCAAAACCA